AUUGGUUCAUCACUGAACUUCAAAGCGGCAGCCGACAAGCACCACUGGAUUCUUUCACUCACAUCACAGCUCACAUCCAGCCAAUACCGCCAAAAUGGGUCGCGUCCGAACGAAGACUGUCAAGAAGUCCGCCAAGGUCAUCAUUGAGCGGUACUACCCCAAGCUCACUCUCGACUUUGAGACCAACAAGCGAGUAUGCGAUGAGAUCGCCAUUAUCGCCUCGAAGCGCCUGCGCAACAAGAUUGCCGGUUACACCACCCAUUUGAUGAAGCGAAUUCAGCGUGGACCCGUCCGUGGUAUCUCCUUCAAGCUUCAGGAAGAGGAGCGUGAACGCAAGGACCAGUACGUUCCUGAGGUGUCUGCUCUCGACUUCGCCCAGAACUCCGAGAGCGGCCAACUGGACAUCGAUGGAGAGACCAAGGAUCUGCUGAAGCACCUCGGCUUCGACUCUAUCCCCGUCAACGUUGUCCCCGUCACCCAGCAGCAGUCGGUUGAGCGUCCCCAGCGAUUCGGCAACCGGCCCCCGCGCCCGUAAAGGAAUGAUGUGGAGUGUAGGCUGGAUGCACGGGAGGUUACGAAUGAUUGAUUUUGGCAACUGGCACAACGGGUCUCACGGCUUUAUGGCGUCUAUACUGACGAUAGUGAGUGCACUCUAGAUCUUCAAAAGAAAAGAUCUUCCUCCCCCACAGGUGUCCCUGAUACUUUGGAGAAAUCCAGGGUUGACGGUUGAUUGCCAUUUCCCUUCUCCGUUCGUGCGUGAUUGCUCUACGCUCCCAGGCAAGACAGCCUUUGACCUAUGUGAACAUGAAGCUUCGAAAACCUCACACGGCCGCUACCGGUGAUUAUCUGACAGAUGAGGUAUCGCGCGCUUCCUUUGGAGUAGCGACAAGCGGUCAUGUUUGGCAGACCGUGCUAUGCUAUAUUUGGCUUAAAAUUAAUAGGAUAUCUAAAUGAACUCACGCUGCCAUUAACGCCA